GCAAGAUUCGCCCCAGAAGCAGUCGGCAGGAGAAGCAGAGAGUGUAUUUUAGAUAGCCGGUGAACAGGUAGUCAGCUUUGGUUUUCACACAACUUAAUUGAAGGAAUUAUAAUGCGACAGAACUGAGGUAGAAGCAGACUGCUUGAGGUCUGGUGCAGUCAUCGAGCUGGAUGCAUUUUUUGGACAGAUGGUGGUGACUGCGGUAGAGAAGGUGGAGGGAGAGGACGGUAAUGUGAAACCGUUACUUUUAUUGUCAUAACUAAUUUGGCUAACAGGCCUGCAAAAUCUGGAAUCGCGAAUUUUUAAUAAUGAGCAGUUUUAAGGACAAACAGUCCUUUAACACUCCACCUGAAAGCGCAGACAACAGUGUGAGCGGCAGUGACUGGGAUAUGGCAAGUGAUGUGUUUGUGUCUUGCUAUGAGCAGCCGAUGGGCGAUGCUAUACAUGGUGGAAUGGACUCGGUGCAGCCGGGGCUGGAUAGACAUUUGCCGCUACUGAGGGACCGACGCGGGCUAUCCCAGGACGGCAUGAUUUUAGGCCUGGAGGAAGCCAUAUAUCCCGACUACCACACAAUAACUAGACUCAAUUCCGAUCCGGGUACGGAUUAUCUGGAAAUCACCGGCGACCCAAAUUACAGCGAAAGUGAUGGCAGCAGCAUCACCACGAAAAAGCGGAAUCGCUCCAACAGCUCCAGACACCGCGGGGAGGUAGUCACGGAGCUCGGACCCGAGGAAGUGCGCUGGUUCUACAAAGAGGACAAAAGAACCUGGAAACCUUUCGUCGGACACGACUCUUUGAAAAUCGAGUUCGUUUAUCGGAAAUUCUGUGAACUUAAUCCCGACAAGGUCAGACGCCGACCACCGUCUGAGUCGGAGGAUGUAAGUGGGUCGGCAGGGGGAUCUGAGCCUGCGGGGGGUGAGAGCGAGAGGCGAGCCUCCUCGGAAGCGGACAGAAUGUCAACGAGUGACAGGGGGAACAGCGCUUGCUCGACGGUAGAUGCGGACAGUAUAGACGUUGAUGUGGACGCCGUGUGUGUCAGGGGGGGACUCUACGAAGUUGACAUCAAAGAGAAGGAAUGCUACCCAGUCUAUUGGAAUCAGCAAGACCGCAUCCCGGUGAUGCGUGGCCAGUGGUACACGGACGGCACCUGGCUGCCGCUGGAGGAGGAGGAUAGCGACCUGAUCGAGCUGGAGCACCUGGCUCGCUUCCGGGGACAGCAGAUGAGGGACCCCUUCGAGACGCCAGAGGUGCCCCCCACCACCACCGCCACUACCACCACUAGUACUGCUACUACUACUACGGCCACUACUACUACUACUACUACUGCGGUGGAUACUAAAGCUGCCAUCCACAGUCUGAAGCUGAGUCGAAGCCAUGUGGACUGGCACAGUAUUGACGAGGUCUACCUCUACAGCGAUGCCACCACCUCCAAGAUCGCCCGCACCGUCACUCAGAAACUUGGAUUUUCAAAAUCCUCGAGCAGCGGGACGCGACUUCACCGUGGCUACGUGGAGGAGGCGGCCCCUGAGGACACGCCCCCUGAGACCACCCACAUCGUCUUCGUGGUGCACGGGAUUGGCCAGAAGAUGGACCAGGGACGCAUCAUCCGGAACACCAGCAUGAUGCGUGAUGCGGCUCGCAAGAUGGAGGAGAAGCAUUUCUCGGAUCGCACCACUGAGCAUGUCGAGUUCCUGCCCGUUGAGUGGAGAUCCAAGCUGUCCCUAGAUGGAGAUACGGUGGACUCCAUCACGCCAGAUAAAGUGAGAGGCCUCAGGGACAUGCUGAACAGCAGUGCAAUGGACAUCAUGUACUACAGCAGCCCCUUGUACAGGGAUGAGAUCACCAGAGGUCUCACCAAGGAACUGAACAGGCUUUACACGCUUUUCUGCAAGCGCAACCCGGAGUUCGAGGAGCAUGGCAAGGUGUCCAUCGUGUCGCACUCGCUGGGCUGCGUGAUCACCUAUGACAUCAUGACGGGCUGGGAUCCGGUCCGGUUCCACCACAUGGUGGAAGAGCAGCUGGAGGCGGCGCGACCCGACUUUGAGGAACGCCGGCUGAUGGAGCAACUACGGCUCACGCGCCUCAAAUUGAGGGACCUGGAGGACCAAUUUCUGGGUCUGCAGACGUCGUCCUCAGUGGCUGUUCCUGCCCUGAAGUUUAAGGUGGAGAACUUUUUCUGCAUGGGCUCCCCGCUGGCUGUCUUCCUGGCGUUGAGAGGAAUCAGGCCCGGUACCAACGGCACCCAGGACCACAUACUGCCCACCUCCAUCUGCCAACGCCUCUUCAAUGUCUUUCACCCAACUGACCCAGUGGCCUACAGGUUGGAGCCCCUGAUAUUGAAGCAUUACAGUAAUAUUGCCCCUGUUCAAAUUCACUGGUACAACACGACCAGCCCCACGCCGUAUGACCAGAUCCGUCCAACGCUGCUGAACCCGCUGAAGGAGAGUGCCUCUGUGUCGGACACGGAGAGCAUCCCCAGCCCCUGCACCUCCCCUCCCCAGCCACGUAGGCACUAUGGGGAGUCCAUCACCAACCUGGGGAAGGCCAGCAUCAUGGGAGCGGCCAGCAUUGGCAAAGGCCUGGGCGAGAUUCUCUUCUCGCGAUUCUCACGCUCCAGCGGCCAAGUGAGCGGUCUGGACGAGGAGCCAUCUGACCUGGAGGGCGGGGCAUCCGACUCUGAUAACGGAGCGAUCGCUGAGGAAGGCGGGGCCAAUGGAGAGGAGGAAGACAAGACGGAGGAGGAGAGGAAAGAGGAGGAGAAGAGAGAGGAGGCCACUGUGGAACCUGCAAUGUCACAGUCCACCUCUGCAAUCAUCGACAUGUCCACAUUGGAGCUGGAGAAGCGCAUUGACUUUGAGCUGCGGGAGGGCCUUGUGGAGAGCCGCUACUGGUCAGCAGUGACGUCGCACACAGCCUAUUGGUGCUCCCUGGACGUGGCGCUCUUCUUGCUGACGUUCAUGUACCGGCCCAACGAGACGGAGGAACCGGCAACGGAGGACGCCAACCCAGAGUCUUAACCCUCAGCACCUCAGGCCCCUCCCCUCCCUCCCUCCCUUCCAUCCUUCUUUCCCUCCCACCGCUGAUCCCUCGUUCACACUGGCACUGUCCGCCCACAGAUGAGGGUACCGGCCCAAUGAGACGGAGGAACCGGCUACGGAGGACGCCAACCCAGAGUCUUAACCCUCAGCACCUCAGGCCCCUCCCCUCCCUCCCUUCCUCCCUUCCCUCCCUCCCUUCCUCCCUUCCCUCCCUUCUCUGAUCCCUCGUUCACACAGCCACUGUCCGCCCACAGAUGAGGGUACGCGUGUCUGACUCCAUGCAGAGCUGGGCUGGUAAUCUGGCAUACAGGGCAUUUUCCCGGUGGGUCGACAGUCCUUAAAGGGGCCCGAUCCUGUUGUUUUCCAGAAAGACCAGCCCUAAAUUUAGACGAGGCAGCCCAUUGGUCUAUCUUUCAUAGAGACGAUGGACUGAGCUAGUCACAAUGGGCAUGUUCGUGAUGAAGCAGCGCU